UAAAUUUGUGUGACUUCAUUCGCAAAAAAAGAGAAAAGAAAUAAAAACAUACAAACAUAUCGCGAAAACCCCGAGUAAAUACGCAAAGGAAAACAGCUAAACUAAAGCACAAACAAUGAUAAUAUCCAGCCAACCAAAUUUGGUUGGAUCGGCAACGAGUGCGACGCCAUCGUCGUCCACUAAUCCCAGUUCCAAUCCCAGUUCCCACACCAAUCCCAGUGCUGCUGCCCACAUGGGCGACGAGAGUGUUCCAAGCAAUUGCAAUUGCAAUGUGGGCGUGGACCUGGUUGGGAUCGGGGCCAGGCAAUCCCCGGUUCCCGCCCUGGAAGCACCAUCACCAGCACCAGCACCAGCACCAGCAACAAGCACAAAUGCUGGCAGAGAUUCAUUAACGCGUCCGGCCUCCGAUGAGUCCGAGUUAAAUGUGGGUAAGGUUGCCUCUCCUCCCUCCUGCCUCUUGGGGGGGUUAAAGUUGAGUUGAGUUUGAUGAUGUUGCGGUCAGGUCAACAGGGAAGAGACCCUUUAGUGUGGAGGAGGAUUAGUUUUCCGGGUGAGCUUCUG